GGAGCAGGAGAGAAGAUGGCGACUCUGGGAAACGAGUCUCAGCCUUUCUCUGCCCUCCCAGCGGCUACUACCCUACUCCAGAGCCAGUACCACCACCUUCACCACCAAAGUGCCGGCAACGGAGUGACCAACUUCAGUUUAAAUCUGCCGGUCAACCGGGGUUUGGAGAGAGCCCUCGAGGAGGCUGCGAACUCCGGUGUCCUGAAUCUCAGUGGCAGGAAGCUAAAGGAAUUCCCCAGGACUUCUGUGAGUCACGAUCUGUCGGACACCGUGCAAGCAGAUUUUUCAAGGAACAGACUGACCGAAGUUCCAGUGGAAGUGUUGCAGUUUGUUUCAUUGGAAGCACUAAACUUAUAUCAGAACUGUAUCAAAAUUCUUCCCGAUGCUUUAAUAAAUUUACAAGUGCUGACAUACUUGAAUAUAAGUCGAAAUCAACUCUCCUCUUUGCCUGCCUGCCUAUGUGGUCUUCCUCUAAAAGUUCUAAUUGCAAGUAAUAAUAAACUUGGUUCCCUGCCGGAGGAAAUAGGUCAGCUACAGCAUCUAACGGAACUGGAUAUCAGUUGUAAUGAAAUCACAUCUUUGCCACAACAGAUAGGUCUUUUGAAGUCCCUUAGAGAUUUAAAUGUUAGAAGAAAUUACUUAAAGGUCCUACCUCAAGAAAUUGUAGAUCUUCCCUUGGUGAGAUUUGAUUUUUCCUGCAAUAAAGUAUUGGUUCUACCACUUUGUUUUAGAAAGAUGGUGCAAUUACAAGCAUUAGUACUUGAAAACAACCCUCUCCAGUCCCCACCUGCACAGAUUUGUAUAAAGGGCAAAGUACACAUAUUCAAAUAUUUAAGUAUACAAGCUUGUCAGAUGGAAAAGACUGGUGAUCCUUUUUAUCUUCAUUCUAUUGAAAGACCAAUUCUGCAGCAACACGUCGAAGAAAGCAUUGAAGACAUAUUUCCAAUAAAAAAGGAUUCAGACUCAGGUGUUGGCAGUGACAGUGGGGAGAAGCGUUUAUCGGCAAUAGAGCCCUGUGAUGAAGACUCGGCCAGUCCUAGUGUGCCAAUGUCUGAUAUCCUGGAAGAAGAAAAUCUUACCAAAGAAGACUUAGACCAGCAUUUUAAUAGCCCUGCAAAUGUAGGACCUCAUCACAGUCCUCUCCGUAAUUUCACUGGAGAUCCGGAGAACUCAGUCUGCCAAUACAACAAGAACAUAGAUGCCAUCGACAAUGAAUUUAGCCAGGUUUCUGAAUUUGAUGAACCGUUGGAAAUACUAGAGGAAUCACAUUUGAUAAUAGAAAACAUAAAAAAUGCUUCUGAAGGUGCAGAUCACAGCACACCUAUGAUAGAACAAUUAAGAGAAGCAGUUGAUAUGUUGCAAGAUCCAACAAGGCUAACUAUGGAAAUUGAAGAUGGAAUGAAUUUAUACAAUCUACAGUCCACCACCGCUGCUGAUUUAAACAAGUCUGCCAUAAAUGGACAAGUGGAAUUACAGAUGUCUCCAAUAGCGCAGAAUAGCAUGACAAACGAGACUCCAACGUCACAAAAUUCCCAGGACGAGACUGAAGACAACACUCCCACAAUGUCCCCAGUACACAGCACAACAACAUUUGGUCUUAAACCGAGAUCUGACCCGUCCCUCACUCUUCCUCCUAUCUCCUUCAACAAACUUACACAGGCACAAAAUUGGGACAGCUAUAACUUGGAGGUCUCAACAGAAGGAGCCAUUGACAGUGUAUUUAACAGACCACAGAGGAAUUUGGAAUCCGUAGAUCCUCAAUUUACAAUUCGAAGGAAAAUGGAACAAAUGAGAGAGGAGAAGGAGCUCAUAGACAAUCUGCGAGAGAAUAUUGAAGCAAGAUUAAAGAUUUGCUUGCCUGAAGACUUGGGAUCUGCACUCAUGGACGGAGUUGUCCUUUGUCAUUUAGUUAAUCAGAUCCAUCCCCGGUCAGUAGGAAGCAUCCAUGUGCCGUCUCCAGCUGUUCCAAAAAUUAGCAUGGCCAAAUGCAGAAGGAAUGUUGAAAAUUUUCUAGACGCAUGUAGAAGAAUGGGAGUACCAGAGGCUGACCUCUGCUCUCCAAAUGACAUCCUUCAAUUGAAUAUCCUCCACAUUCAAAAGACUGUUGAUGCUCUUCUGGCUCAGGAAGAGAAAAUUCCGCAGCUCGCUACUUUCUUACACUCCUGGGAUAUGAUAGGCUUUUGUCUUCUACACAUACUCCUUUUUGCAUUAAUGCUUUUAAGUUAUCAUUGGAAUGCAGUAUCUGCUUAACCUGUUUGCAUGUUGCAUCAUUGUUCCUGGAAUUAUGAAGGAAAAACUGUGUUUACCCCAUCACAUCCUAGAAGAAAAAGGCUUGGUGAAAGUGGGCAUCACUGUGCAAGCAUUGGCGGAUGUAACUA